GAACUCUUUUCGCAAAGAGUCUCGUUACAAUCUUUCAACGUUUAAGCAACAGUAUCGUUUUAUUAUUUGCAAUAAAUUGUAUCGCGAAUUCAUUGGCUGACUGGAAAACUAGUACUACGUUUAUUGCGUGAUUUUAACAACGAGGAGCUACCAGCAUUUUUCGAGGCAGAGGAGAGGAUUGGUCAUGCAAACUCUGAGAUUGUCGUCUGGACAUGAAAUGCCCACCGUGGGGUUAGGAACAUGGCAGGCAAAACCGGAAGAAAUGGAGGCAGCAGUACUGGCUGCCCUGAAUAGUGGAUACCGACACAUAGACACAGCUUUCAAUUAUAAAAACGAGGAUGCGAUUGGCAAAAGUUUGAAAAAAUGGUUCGAGAGAGGAGGGAAACGCGAAGAUCUUUUCAUAACUUCUAAGUUGCCGAAUUAUGGAAAUCGACCAUCCGAUGUGGAGAGAUUCGCCAAAAUGUCCCUCGAAAAGCUCGGGCUAGAAUACCUGGACAUGUAUUUAAUUCACAUGCCUUUUGCUUUUCUCCUUAAUGAGACGGAUAUGUCCCCGGCGGUCCACGAAAAUGGUGGUGACUUUAUGUUAGACACGUCUAGCAAUCCAGUCGCCGUCUGGAAGGAAAUGGAAAAGUUGGUCGAGAAGGGAUAUGCGAAAUCAAUUGGAUUGAGUAACUUCAAUGAAUCUCAAAUUUUGGAGAUUAUUAAUAUCUCAAACAUCAAACCGAGCAAUUUGCAAGUGGAAUUGCACGCGUACCACCAACAGAAACCCUUACGAGAAUUCUGCAAAUCUCAUAACAUCGCAGUAACAGCCUACAGUCCGAUAGGGUCACCCGGAGCAAAGGAGCACUUUCAGCAAAAGUACAAUUACAGUCCAGAGAAAUUCCCCGAUCUUUUGGGACAUCCUUUAGUUAAAGAAAUUGCCGAUAAAUACAGAAAAUCGCCUGCACAAGUGCUACUUCGACACCUGGUUCAAGAAGACAUUAUCGUCAUACCGAAAAGUUCAAAUCCCGAAAGAAUCAAGUCAAACAUUGAUAUAUUUAAUUUCAACUUAACAGACGAAGAUUUACAAAGACUCGAUAAUCUCGACCGAGGCAGUAAAGGGCGAAUCUUUACGUUCCUUUUUUUCCAAGGAGUUGAGAAUCAUCCCUACUAUCCAUUCAGGAGCGAAAUAUAACAGAAAUAAGAGAAGAAUGACUUGGGACGUGUAAUUAAAAGCAUUCCUUACCGUUUUAGUAGAGCCUGAACAACAUUUUUCGUUGCAUUCGAUGCUGAAGUUCACCACGGCGAAUCAUCGUAUGUAUCACCUUGUAAAUAGCACGUUCCGGGAACUUCUGCUUGAGAAAAUCGUUGACAAUAUUUUGUUCCGAGAUGGUGGUACCAAUCGCAAAACGCUUCUUCAAUUGCUUCUCAAUAUGAGCCAACAUCUCUGAAUCUUCCUCCGAAGUAAACCCUUCAGCACCUGUGAGAUAGGAAACAAUUGUUACAUUUUAAAAUACAAAUCACUCUCAACAAUAAAGAGUUAUAUUGUUCAAGGAAAAA